CCCACCACCAUCAUCCGUACUGCUCGCUAUACUUGCUUAGAAGAAUGACUUCCCGCGUCCAGAAGGGCGGUGCGAUCUUCAAGCCCGUUGUGAAAGCCCGUCCCAGGGCGUCUAAUGCACCUCAGUCGACGCCGUCCGCGACCCCAUCACGAAGACAAAGCUCUGCGCUUCCAGAUAGCCAGAUAACAAGCCAGUCUAACCCCUCGCUACCAUCUACCAGCUCAGCUGCCCGGCCGCCCCUAUCCGUUUCUCUGGACGAUGUCCCUCCACCUCGGCCCAAAGAAAAUGUCCAUCCACCAGCGACUUCGCGUCCACCUGCUGAAGAGAACUCACAAGAUGCGGGAGGACCACUUGAGACGCCGACACGAUCGGCCAUGCCACCGAUGCUGCGUGCCGCUGCACCGACACCUGUCAAUCUGGCUCGAGCCAGCAGCGCCGUUCCCACUGUAAUUUCUACACCGAGUAGGCCUGUUGUGCCUCCAGCGUAUACUACCCACCAGGCGUCCCCUUCAACGCCAGCUCGUCCGCCUGACUUGCAGCGUCUUCCUCCUCAGCUCGUCCCCUCGCGUCCAAUAAGCACCCCCUCCGCAAUACAACCGCCAGCCCCUGGAUCUCGACCUCCCGUUCCGAUCACCCCCACUCCUUCUAAGCCUCUACAAGCCGGUCUUUCGCUACCUGCAUCGCAACACAGACUCGCAGAUGUGUCUAUGGCGCCGCCCGCGAUCCCUUCUGCGCAGCCGCCAAUCGUACAAAGUCAACUCCCUUCACAGGCGAUCCCUGCCGCUUCAGAAGCCGGCCCCUCCCAAUCUCAGACCGUAGUCCCUACUCAGGCGUCUACCUCUGCGGACGAUCCGCCUGCUGCAGCAGAGCCAUCUGAGGACGAAGCACAGUUGUCUACUUCGAGGCGGACGCGCUCGAAAGGGAAGAAAGCUGCACCGGCCGCGUCUCAAGACGACGCGUUUGCUCCUCCGACUAGACCGAAGCGAGGGAGGAAGAAAAAGUCAGAUGUGACGGAGGGGGAGGAGGCCACCGAGAAGGAGGCUCGCCCGAAGCGCAAGCGUCGCGCGAAGACUGCUACGACGGAGGACGACGAAGAAAAGCCGACGCGCAAGCGCAGGAAAAAGGUACCUGCAUUCGACCCCGACGCCGAUCCUGGUGAGGAGAUUGACCCGACGACAAUCACCAUGGCUGAGCUCUGCGAGGAUACCGGCCAGGGCCGCGUCAGUAGUAGGGCUAUGGAGGUGCAGGACAGUUGGGCGGCGUGGAAGGUGCGGUCGAGGGAGUACCGCGCUCGGCUUAUGGCCAAGAAGGAGCGGAAGAAGUUGGGGAAACCGGAGGACGAAGAGGAGGAAGAACAGAACGCUACCGCGAAGGACGCGCCGGAGGGUGAUUCGCCCGCCAAGCAGGCUGUUCCGGACGACACGCAGGCGACUGUGGUGGAGGCGAAUGGGGACGGUGAUGAGGACUCGGAUGAUGACUUUUAUGGCAACUUGAAGGCCAGGGACUACACCACGCAAGUUCGUCUGGGUGCUGGCGCAAGCAUCGUCAUCGACGAGGAGUCCACGCAAGUAGACCGAGCGGCUGACGAAGAUACGUCGGGCUACACGCACGUCGUCGAGCACGACCGAACUAAGUUCAUCAACUCGAGCACAUAUACGAAGAAGGUGCGGGGCUCGAGAUGGAGUGCCGAAGAGACGGAGCUCUUUUACGAUGCCUUGCGACAAUACGGCGAGAACUACGAGCUAAUCGCUAUCAUGCUCCCUGGCCGCGACCGGAAGUCCUGCCAGAACAAGUUCAAGGCAGAAGACAAGAAGAACCCCCAUCUCAUCAAUGCGGCACUCAAGAGCAAUGUUCCAAUAGACAUGCAAACUCUCUCCCGGAUUACCGGGAAGGACUUCUCUGGGCCAACACCGGAGAUCCGUGCACCUACGCCACCACCUCAGCUCCCUGUGGACGGCUCCCCUCGCAGCUCGCCCGAAGUCUCGAAACCAAAAGUGAAGAAGCGCGGGCGCAGCAAAUCGGCACUUAACGAUGGGGUGCAGGUGAUAGGGAGCAUAGACGACUACGAUAUGGACGCGGAUUAAGUUCGCUGUCGAAGUAUUUCUUGACUGUGCCGAUGCUCAAGCUUGUAUUCCGUCCUGUAUCAAUAAUUUCCGCAAGCCCGACUGCGCUGGAUCUGAUGGCG